UAAGCCCUUUCUAAAGUCUGGUCCAGGACGCAGCAAAGGACAAAGCAAACACGCUAAAUUUGUGCCUGUAGACCCAAAGUACAGGUGCAAAUUUAUAGCACAUAUACUGUAAUAAUUUCACCAGUAGUGCAGUUACUUUCCAUUUCAUUAAAGUGAAUUUCGCAGUAGCUUAUCUCAGACAAACAAGCAGUAUUAAAGUCAUAUUUGGCCUGCAGUAAUAAAUAAUCCACGAGCAUGUUCCCUUAUCAGGUAACGGUGGCACUGAUUCAGCUGUGCCUUAUUGUGUUUCCCUGGGGUACAUUAUAUUCAGCGCAAAUUAUUCAUCGCUAUUGGAGAACAAAUAAAGAACGGUUACAAAAAAACAGCUCGAGUGAAUACAUCUGUCUUGUGAAUAUUUAUAGUAUGUACAUGGAAGAAGGUCACCGCUUCAUUUUCUGCUCAACAUGAAUCCAUAUGGUCUCUGAGUGAUUGUGCCAGCCUCGUUUUAGUCAGACGGUCCCUAACCGGAGGAGGCAGGCUGAGUAGCUGAUGCUGGAUCGCGGAGCGGCAGCAGCAGCUCAGUCAGUCCGUCGCUGCGGUCCAUCAGAGCGGAGCGGCUGGUCAUCAACAUCCUCCUCAACGUCCGCGGAGCUCAGCUGGCCGGAACGCUGCUCUGUGGUUCCGAGCCGUGCUGCCCUCGCAGCCGGUCACGACAGCGGCGCUGGAACCUUCGUGGACAUGAGGACAGCGUCUGAAAGGUGGACCGGGAAUCCCGCACGGCUUCGUUUUUCGCAGAGCGAACGAGAAAGACUCACCAUGACCCGUUCCUUCCCGACCAGUCGCUUCUUCACCGAGGCGCCUCGCUCCCCCUUUGCCUCCCGACGCCCCAAUGCAGGGAUGAGAUAAUAACGCCCAGCAGCCGACGCAUGCCGCUACACCACCACCUCUGUGGCACCUGGAAACCGACACCCACCCCCGUGCCCCGCCCCGCCCCUCCCCCGAGUUGACUCUUUAACCCGACUCAGAAACUAUGACGACGCCGGCUCUGCUGCCGCUGUCGGGUCGCAGGAUACCCACUCUCUCGCCGGGCGCCUCCUCCUUCACGCACCACAGAGCCACGUUGAGGCUGUCGGAGAAGUUCAUCCUCCUCCUCAUUCUCAGUGCCUUCAUCACCCUAUGCUUCGGGGCCUUCUUUUUCCUCCCGGACAACUCCAAGCACAAGCGCUUUGACCUGGGCUUGGAGGACGUGCUCAUCCCACACAUUGACUCGCCCAAAGAGGGGAAGCACAGCUCAGGUCAGGUGAUAAUUCACGGACAGGGAGGACAUGACGAGAACAGGCACAGGGAGGAGGAGGAGAGCCUACGCAACAAGAUUCGCGCCGACCACGAACGAGCGCUGCAGGAGGCGAAGGAGAAGCUGCGCAAAUCUCGCAAGGAGCUGAAGGCCGAGAUCCAGACGGAAAAGGCCAAAGUCAUCGAGGACCUGAAGAAGAAGGAGGCGGGGCCCAAACCCUUACCGCCCGUCCCCAUGCCCAAGGUCGUCGGGGUCAGCGACGGGGAGCCACCCGAGGUGGACGCCAAGGAAAAGCGGGAUAAGAUCAGAGAGAUGAUGAAGCACGCUUGGGACAGCUACAGACAAUACGGAUGGGGUCACAACGAGCUGAAGCCCCUCGCUAAGAAAGGACAUUCCACAAAUAUCUUCGGUAAUUCCCAGCUCGGGGCGACCAUCGUGGACGCCUUGGACACCCUGUACAUCAUGGGUCUACACGAAGAGUUCAAGGACGGCCAGGAGUGGAUCGAGCAGAAUCUGGACUUCAGUGUGAAUGCCGAGGUGUCCGUAUUCGAGGUCAACAUUCGGUUCAUCGGGGGACUCUUGGCAGCGUACUACCUCUCUGGACAGGAAGUGUUCAAAGUCAAGGCGGUCCAGCUGGCAGAGAAGCUCAUCCCUGCCUUCAACACCCCAACUGGGAUUCCCUGGGCCAUGGUCAACCUGAAGAGCGGCGUUGGUCGUAACUGGGGUUGGGCGUCGGCCGGCAGCAGCAUCCUGGCUGAGUUUGGGACCCUCCACAUGGAGUUUGUUCACCUCACCUACCUGACUGGGAACCCGGUUUACUACCAAAAGGUGAUGCACAUCCGCAAGCUGCUAGCUAAGAUGGACCGACCCAACGGCCUCUACCCAAACUACUUAAACCCUCGCACAGGCCGCUGGGGCCAACAUCACACCUCGCUCGGAGGACUGGGCGACAGCUUCUACGAGUACCUGCUGAAGGCAUGGCUCAUGUCCGACAAAACCGACACGGAAGCCCGCAAGACCUACGACGACGCCAUCGAGGCCAUCGAGCGCCACCUCAUCCGCAAAUCCAACGGCGGGCUCACGUUCAUCGGCGAGUGGAAGAACGGCCACCUGGAGAGGAAGAUGGGCCACCUGGCCUGCUUCGCCGGCGGCAUGUUCGCGCUGGGCGCCGACGGCUCGCCGGACGACAAGGCCGGCCACUACCUGCAGCUCGGCGCAGAGAUCGCCCACACCUGCCACGAGUCCUACGACAGGACAGUCCUGAAGCUGGGCCCAGAGGCCUUUAAGUUCGACAGCGGCCUGGAGGCGGUGGCCGUGCGGCAGAAUGAGAAGUACUACAUCCUGCGGCCGGAGGUCAUCGAGACCUACUGGUACAUGUGGAGGUUCACCCACGACCCCAAGUACAGGCAGUGGGGCUGGGAGGCGGCUCAGGCCAUUGAUAAGUACUGCCGCGUGAGUGGAGGCUUCUCCGGAGUGAAGGACGUCUACUCGUCCAACCCGACCUACGAUGACGUGCAGCAGAGCUUCUUCCUCGCCGAGACGCUCAAGUACCUGUACCUGUUGUUCUCCAGUGACGACCUGAUGCCGUUCGAGAGCUGGGUCUUUAACACCGAGGCCCACCCGCUGCCCGUCCUCCACCUGGGCAACAUCACCCUGCCCGGCAGCGAGCCCGCUCAGCGGUAGACGCACACGCUCGCCUCCUCCUCCUUUUCCUCCUCCACAGCACCAGGGGGCGCCACCUUUCUGCUCAACCCAGCCCACCAACCCCCAUCCAACACUGGACAAACUUCCAUGGGAACUCUUCAUCUGCGUCUGGACUGCAGACAUGAGCCAGAGGAGACGGAGACCGACUCUCUGGAUCUCCCUCUCUUCUUCUUCUUCUCCUCCUCCUCCUCCUAUUUCUGUGUCCUCCUCUCCGACUCUCACUAUAGAUCCGUGUGUUCGUUGCUUCAACCAGACAGACGGUGGGUGUGCUGCUCAGCCUUUUCUCGGCUCUGAAUCGAAGAGCUCCAAACAAGAGGCUUUGUUUUUGUUUUGUUUUUUUAUUUGAUUUGACCAAACGUCCUCCAUACUGACUCGAGCCGAGGCCCUAGAAGUGCAAACUGAAGGAUUAUGCUAACGGACACUUGAAGGGUUUGUUUCCCCUCCACGCUAACGGACCAGUGGACAUUUUACAGGGUCUGUUAACGAGAUAUUUUUGUUUUGAGGUUUUUUGCAUUAAUGGAGACACAGGGUUGUAUGAAAGCCCUCCACUUCUCUCCCCCAUGACCCGAACCCGUUUCCUGUUUGAUCAUCUGAUGGUCCAAGACCUCAAACUGUAAUCAAAUCACCUCUUUACAAGCAGGUGAGAACAGCAGUAACCACCUAAUAUAAAGCUGGGGGGUUUUUUGACUAUGGACCAUUUUGAGAGAAAGUAAUUGAAGAAGAACAGCAGCAGGCCUCCAUGUACCAGUCUUACCAGUUUCUAUCCCAUCCUAAAACCAUCCUGCUGCUGCCGCUGCUACUUCACCGGAUGCUGCUCUUCUUUCCGUUUUCCACAGGUUCCCCCAUCAUCGUCCCGUCACUUUUUUUUUUUCCUUCCGUCCUCUCUCAGAUUUUCUCGUUUCCUCAGUUUUCGGUGACACCUCGCUUCUUGGUAUACGUGUUUGUGUCGGUGGCUCCGCUUUAAAUCAUUUGUUUGUGCACUUUGUUACGGGAAAACUCUAAGGACAAAAGAGUAGAGUGGUGUAGCACUGAAAGAGGUGAAUAAAUGAUUACAAUACUCCUCGGUGCAGAGCUUUCAUCUACUGUCCACUAUCUGUCAUGCUGUUGCUGUUUCCAUCUUUAUGUGAAAACAAUCCAAGUUUCUUGAUUUGAUUUUAACCUCAACCUCUUCAAAUCCUCAUGAUGUCAAAUUAUUCAACCUUCAGUUGCUUUUAACAAAUGCUAAGCUGCAUAAAACGUUUUGACAUGGUACAAAAUUAUAGUUAAUGUCUCCAGAAAAGUUGCAAUAUUUUCUCUUUAAGGCUAUCGGCAUGCCAUUUAAAAUGCUAAAAGCCCUAUACUGUUUUUACAAUUUCUCCUUUGCUUUUAGCUCAUGAUGUUCAUAUUCAUUUCCAUGUUCAAAAUUAAGAAAUAUUUUUGAAAAGUUGUUGCGUACACAACAACAAACUCUCAAUAGUCACCCAUUAAAAGCAGUGAUUGCUACAGCUACAGCUGAAACGUGAGCUCAUCAGGCGGAGAUUUAGGUGCUGAUUUAUUUACUGAGAAAGGGAAAGUAAGGAGGAAUGUUCUUUGAGAGCAGUAGAUUGGAGAUCUAGUAGACUGGCACCCGACUCAGGGAUUUCAAAGCACUUUGUGGUGAGCCCGGCCUGAGAAAGUGACAAAAAACGUAAUACAAAAAUACUGAACUUCUGGCAGCGUUCAAGAAAAGUUGGGCCCUGCCCACAUAGAGAAGAUUUUAGUUGUAUCCGCAAUGAUUCUUUGGAUGUUUAGACCGUCCGUUUCUGGUCUCCCAAAACGCAGGAUCCUUGUGGACGAUCAUUUUUGAAACCAGGUUCCAGAGUCCAUUUCAGUGUUUCCGUCUGACCGUGCCACCUACAUUAGUUUUGAAGCUAUGACGGCGUAGCGCCAUUUCUCUCUCUCUCUAUCCAGCACGCGCCUCAUUUCCACAAAUAACAAAUAUGGCGUCAUUCUUUGUUUUUCGCGUCGUUUCUUAGUGGUGUUACAGCGCCACCAUCGGGCUCGUCAUACAGACUACAGCAUUUUCAGUGGUGCUGCUGACGCACAUCGUUUUUCUUAACCGUUUACAAAAAUUGAACGCUUUCGUUUCUGUUUGGACGGAGCCAAAAUUUCUACCGCAGUUCAGACGAGCUUUGUUACCAUGGCAAACACAGGGGUGUUGAAGGACUUUCCUCCAAAGUAGUGCAUCACCAGAACACCAAUGUUUCUACUUGUAAGGGUUAAACUGAACAGCAGUGUAGCUGUCAGCAUUUUUCAUUAGUCCCUGUCAGUCUUGUAAACUUUGUCUACAGUUAAUUAUUUUUAUUUUUUCCAACGUGUCACCUAAUUCUGAAAGUCAGAAUCGAUUCAGAUUUAUGAUCCAUUGUUUGGCUCAGACGCUACGUGGAGAUUUAAGAAUAUUAUAUGAAUAGAUUUAUUGAUAUAACUCGGUACUAUCAAAGUAAAUCAGAUGUUUUCUACAUAAAAAGUGGCAAAUGUCAAUAAACAACAAAAUUUCUAGCCUCAGAACUUUAUGCUCACAAACAACACUUAGCUUUCUACACUAGCUACUUUUUUUUCUUCUUCUUUGGUCGGUAUUGUCUCCCCGUCCUCCUGGCUCUGGGCUGAAGCCAAGAUAUUAAGUGUGUCAAAGUGGUUUGAUAAAGAGAGAUCUUUCAGGAAAGCAAGAGCGCUCACUCCAUCUUUUUUUCCUGCACUGCCACAUAUUCACCUUAAGAAAAGCCUUUUCCAUGUGACACAUCAUCCAGAUAUGGUCGCUCCUCCCCAUUUGAAGUGCUUUAGUACGUAUUAAAAUUACUUCUCUGCUCUAAAAAACUAUUUUAAAAAGUACUGAUUAUGAUUUAAGUUUUACACUUUGAGAAGUUUUAGUUGGGUUUUUUUUAGCUCUUUUUAGCCGCUUUUCCAUCCGUACCUCACACUGAGAGCUCAGUUCUUCCUCAUGUCGUCCUUCCAGAGUGUUUUACCGCUGACACAACACUCAACUCUGAACCUGUUUCUCAUAAAUCCCGUCCCGAGCGUUUUAACAUUCGACGUGGCCGGCGCUUGAACCCGCCUCGUUAAACUGACCCGAAACCGACGGAGGCGAGGAAGCGAACACGCAGUCGCAUGGAAUAAAAAAGAAACCCGGACUCGAGCCAGUUGGUGUGAAACGAUGCGAGAGGGCGAAUAAAACUGAACGAUAUCCGCCAAAAACGACCCGUGGUGAACCGACCACAGGGGGAAGCGGUUCGGACGCCAGGCAGGAAUAAAUAAACAAAACGGAAACGGGGGAACUCUCCUGUCAACAUGUGUUGCAUAAUCAAAUCAUUUCACUUCUGUUCAUUAUUAUUAAAAUGUUUCCAUUUGAUUAGAGCUAAAAAAAUAUAUAUUUUUCCCAUUUCAAAAACUUUCAGCACAGAAAACGCGUUUAGCUGAACAAUGCUAAAUAAUGUUUACUUCAGUACUAUAUACUUCAGUAUAGUAUAUAGUAUACUAUAUUCAGUAUAGUAUAUAUAUAUAUAUGUAUAUAUAUAUAU